UUACUGAGAAUAUUUUGGAAUACCAUACUUUAUUGAUUUUUACGUUUUUUAUAGUAUAUAUGAUGAAUGACUAAAUACUAUGAAGAUGCUUUGACAUACGAUGUUUGAGCUACUGAGCUCUGUUGAGAUAUAUGUACUUAUGUUGGAAAGAUUAUAUUCAAUGUUUUGUGCUCAUCUAAUGAUCACUGUUUUGCCUACGGGUGAAAUACUCAUAUUGGCUUCGGCCAAGCGUUGGUAGAUGGCUUCGACCAGGAGAUACUUAUAUUGGCUUCGGCCGGGUGUUGGUAGAUAGCUUUGGCCGGAAGAUACUUAUAUAUGAUGCUACUGGUUAGCACACUAUAUAUGAUAUAUGUUUUAUGAAAGGUUUUAUAGCAUGCUAGGAUUUUCGGAAAAUCUAUUACUUAUUAUGCUAUAUGAGUUUUCAUAAAACUUUGGGGGUUAGUACGUUAUAGAAUAACUAUGUUUGUACUACUUAUAUAUCAACUUGGUCCACUCAUGGUUGUUAUGCGCCCCUUCAAGACAUAGGAAUGAAGCAUAUGAUCCGGGCUACGAGGUAUUCCCCUACCAGUCAUUUCGUGUCAUCCUCUUUGCUUUGACAUCACUUGUAAUAGCACCUUUCGCUUGUAUUCUAAUUAGAUGUAUGCUUUGAACAUGUCAUGUAUUAUCACUAUCAUUUUACUGACGGUUGAAUAUUAUUAUGUUAUUUUGGUAAGGGUUGUAAUUGAAUAUUACAUUGCGUAAUUAUGCGCAAAAUCUAUGUGCAUGUUUUAUAUGUUCUCGGCAUAUGCAUUCAUUAAAUGGCUUGUAUCAUCCUCAGGUGUCAGCCAGCACGUGGCCAUCCGGCUGUCCCCGGAUAUCAGGAUAGAUAAAAUCAGCAGACAAUCGUAUUCUACAAGAGCAAUUGCAAAAUAGGGUGCAGAUGUGGUGCGAUGCUACAUGGCAGUCAAUUUUGAGGAAGUUGUGUGAGGCAAAAUAUUGUCAAAGUAUUUAAACUCCCUACAUCCGGCCAUCAGCAUUGUUAUUUCCUUCUAUCUACUCGAGAGGAAAUUGAGAGAACCUUCACUCGACCAGCAUGGAAGGGAAGAUUGCAGAAACUGUGUUUACUUUUUCUGUUGAGGGAAUACUGUCGAAGGUGGCGUCACUUGCUUAUAAAGAACUCAGUCUUGCUUGGGGUUUCGAAGCUGAACUCAAACGGCUUGGCCGGUCAUCAAUCGCCAUUCAGGAUUUCUUGGGAGCUGUUUCCGACCAACCACAAGAUCGGGUCAAGGUGGUGGAGGAGUGGGUGAAGAAGCUUAAGGGCAUAGCUCAUGAUGCUGAAGAUGUGAUGGAUGAGUUCGACUACGAAGUUGUUCGCCGUAAAGUUGAACUCCAAAAUCAUAUGAAGAAAAAGGUACUCAACUUCUUUUCACCCUCCAAUCCACUUGCAUUUCGUUUGAAGAUGGCACAUAAAAUUCAGAAGAUCAACCGGUCCUUGGUAGAUCUCAAGAAGGAGGCAUCUUUCAUUGGUCUAGUUUCCAAGAAAAUAGAUGCAACCCCUCAGGAAUCUAGAUGGGACAGACAAACCAACUCAUUCAUUGGCACAGAUGAAAUAACCGUUGGAAGGGGAGAGGUGGUGUCGAAUAUAGUCACAACCUUGACCAACUCCGAAACCAACCAAGAAAAUCUUGUGGUUAUGGCCAUCGUGGGAAUGGGAGGUAUCGGCAAGACAACAAUGGCCAAGUCAGUUUACAAUGAGGAUUCGAUACUCAAGUUCUUUGAAAAGAGAAUAUGGGUUUGUGUAGCGGACACUUUUGAUGUCAAUUUAAUUCUACUCAAGAUAUUAGAACAACUUAAACCGGCAAACGCCCCUUCAUUGAAAGAUAACCAGGAAGCUCUACUUAAGUUCCUUAAAGACGAGUUGAAAGAUAAAAAAUACUUACUCGUACUUGAUGACGUUUGGAAUGAAAAUCCUAGAAAAUGGGAGAAUUUGAUGGAGUGUUUGUCAAAGCUUCAUUCUGCUGGGGGGUCCAAGAUUAUUGUCACGACUCGUAGUAGCAAAGUCGCAUCGAUCUCCGAACAGCUACUUCAACGACAUGAAUUGGGAAAGCUUUAUGUGGAUGAAUGUUGGUCCAUCAUGAAAAAUAGAGCGUUCCCCAAUGGUAAUGCUCAUAUAGCUCCGGAGUUCCACACAGUUGGAAAGGAGAUUGCUAAAAAUUGUGGUGGCGUUCCACUGGUGGCAAAGGUUUUGGGAGGCAUUUUGCGCAAUAAAAAAGAUAUUGAAGAAUGGUCGUCGUUUAAAGAAAGUAGAAUAUGGGAGAACCUAUCAAAAGGACAAGAUAGAAUUAUGCCAAUCUUGAAGUUGAGUUUUGACAAUUUAGAAUCACCAUCACUGAAGCAAUGUUUUGCAUAUUGCUCAGUGUUCAAGAAAGAUUUUGAAAUUCAAAGAGAUAGCUUGAUACAACUUUGGAUGGCACAAGGACUACUCCACCCUUCAACUGGCGAAAGUAGAGAUAUGGAAGACAUUGGCAAUGAAUAUUUUGAUAUUCUAUUACAAAGCUCCUUAUUUCAAGAUGCUACAAUGAGUGAUAAUGGCAUUGUUAGCAAAUGCAAGAUGCACGAUCUUGUGCAUGAUUUGGCAGAACUUAUAUCCAAAUCUGAAAUCUUGACGAAAGACUUAUGUGACACUGGUAAAGCACUUGAGAUUCGACAUGUUGCUCGGGUUUCUACUUUUACACUCGAAAACAUUCCACAAAGAAGUGUUGGGAAAUUGCGGUCACUGUUUUCCGACAAGGGUGAAGUUCCUAGUAACAUUCUGUCACGGUUCAAAGCUAUACGCGUCUUAAAUUUAAGUAAUGCUAAUAUUAGAGAGUUUCCAAUAUCUGUUGGAAUGAUGAAACACUUGAGGUAUCUUGACAUUUCUAAAACAAGAUUCAAAGCCCUCCCCAAGUCUAUAGGCAAGCUCCAUAACCUACAGACCUUAAGAGCCACAUAUUGUGCCCUUGAAGAGUUUCCAAAAGAGUUGCAAAACUUGAUCAACCUGAGGCACAUUUAUUUUGAUAAGAGUACGAAAUUCCCACAUGGGUUAAAGCAGUUGACUUGCCUUCAAACAUUACCUUACUUUUCUGUGGGUGAUGAGGUUGGUCGUCAAAUUGAAGAGUUGGCUGACUUGAAACAAUUGAGAGGUGAAUUAAUUAUUUGUAAUUUGGAGCUCGUAAAGGAUGGAGAAGAAGCAAAGAAAGCUAAGAUGGAGGAUAAGAGAAAAAUAUGCCAUUUAAGCUUCCAAUGGACAGAAGAUAGGUCAAUAACUAACAACAAUGAAGAGGGGGAUGUACUGGAAGGCCUCCGACCGCAUUCUGAGUUGGAGAACUUAAGUAUUGAAAAUUUCAUGGGCGAUAAAUUUCCAUCGUGGAUGAUGAGUGGGUCAUUACUGCUCAACAACUUGAAGAAGAUUCAAUUACUUGGAUGCGACAAAUGUGAAGGAGUCCCACCGCUCGGUCAUGUACCCAAUCUUACGGAGGUUAAGAUUAGCGGAAUGGAUAACUUGAAAUGUGUUGGAGCUGACUUCUACGGUUAUGAUCAUGUCCACAAUGUAACCAUGACAAGUAAGGAGAUAAUUACUUUAUUUCCUGCACUAAAAGUAUUAAAUAUAUCUUGGUGUUGUGAUCUAAUUGAAUGGAAGGAAGCACCAACGAUGCCAGCACAAAAAGUAGUGGUUUUUCCAUGCCUAGAGAAGUUGACCAUAAAAGGCUGUUCCAAAUUGAGAAAUGUUCCGAGUCAUUUUCCAUCUCUUCAAAAGUUGAAGAUAAUUUCUAGUGAUAGUGGAAAGCCAAUAGAAGAAGUAAGCAGUGGAUUAACAACUCUGACUUUCCUCAAAAUACAAAGUAUUAAGGAGCUUACUUGUUUGCCGCAAGGAAUUUUGAAGAACAACAAUAAUCUCUCCUCUUUGGAGAUAAUAGAUUGCAAUGAUUUAACUUGUAUUGCCCCCGAUGUAUUUGGAUUGUGGGGCUCUCUUGAGAGAUUGGAUAUUUUAAUAUGUAGAAAGCUGAGGCAUUUGGCGGAUGGGCUAGACACACUCCCCCUUCUUGAAUACCUGAGUAUUAGGCAGUGUCCUAGUCUAGAGUUGAUUCCAAUUACACGGGGCAUGGCAUCUCUUCGAGAAUUACGUAUUGAUGAUUGUGAAGGAUUGUCAAGCCUACCGAGUGGGUUAGAGUACUGCACCUCUCUCCAGACAUUGCAUUUAGAAGAUUGCAAUGGUGUAACAUCGUUUCCAUUUUACACCCUUGCAUCUAUUCGCCAGUUGAAUAUUUUAUUUUGUCAUGGUUUAUCGGGCCCACUGAGUGUAUGGGCCUCUCUCGUGGAUUUGGAUAUAUUCAGUUGCCCUAAUCUGAAAUCAAUUGAAAUUAAAGGCGGCGUUACCACCUCCCUUCAGAAGUUGAGAAUCAAUGGUUGCAAAGAAUUAUCAAGCUUACCUGCUCUUCCACAACAAUGUGCGUCUCUUCAGAAUUUGGAGAUAAGUGCAUGCCCAAAGGUAGCAUGGUUUGGUGUCCAAAGUAGCUGCAUUAGUCUACAAUCUUUUUCAGAUUUGCGCACCUUCACCUCCCUUGGACAGCUGACGAUUUUCAAUUGUGAAGGAUUAGAAAGUUGGGUGAGCGGGCUGCAAUUCCCACUCUCUCUUGAGAGGCUGGUAAUAACCGGUUUCCCUAAUUUAGAGAUUCUUCCAAGUUUAGGCAACCUCAAUUCGCUCCGUUAUUUGAGAAUUGGUGGAUUCUGGGAGGAGCUCGAUUGCUUCUCUGAUUUUCAAGUUGGAUCAUUAAUGCACCUUACAAUGUUAUCCUUGACGGGUUGGCCUAAGCUCAAGUCUCUGCCUCAACAAAUUCAACACCUCACUUCUCUAACAUAUUUGGAUAUAGAAUCAUUUGAGGGAGUGGAGACUUUGCCAGAAUGGUUGGGUAGCCUUACGUCCCUCACACAGCUGAGCAUUAGGUAUUGCAAGAAUCUGACCAACUUACCUAGUGUCCAACCUAUGCAACGCCUCACCAAAUUACAAACCCUAUUUAUUAAUAAAUGUCAUCCCCUUCUAAAGCAAAGAUGCAACAGGAACGGCGGCACAGAUUGGCCCAAGAUUUCUCACAUUCCAGAAAUCAUAAUUGACUUGGUCAGACAGUAGUUGGAUGGAAGGUAGGCAGCACCUUACCAAACUACCUCAAAUUUGUAUUGGAAAAACCAAAUUUCAUGGUGGGUAAGGCCACAGUUAUUCCAGUUUUAUGUACAAACGACUCCAAAUGGCGUCAACUUUCGCAUUGAGAUUAA